AUGCCCGUUCAUCACGCCCGGCGCGCGCCAUACGUUUGCGCUAGCUGCAUCCGCAGGCUCCAUCAUGUUGCUCCGAGAAUAACACGUACAUACGCAACCAGUGGACCGAAAACUGCCAUCUCUGCCGCCGCCGAACGCUCGCCACGCCCUUCCCUGAGAGCACCCGCUCGCGCAGUGCACCUUCGGCGCAAUGAAUACAGCACGUCCACCAGGAAGCCACUGCGGCUGGCCAUCAUCGGCUCUGGCCCGGCAGGCUUCUACACAGCGCAACGUCUGAUGAGGCAAGUCAAGGAUGCCGUCGUCGACAUGUACGAGAAGCUGCCCGUCCCGUACGGUCUCGUCCGCUUUGGCGUUGCGCCCGACCAUCCCGAGGUCAAGAACUGCCAGGACAGCUUCGAAGAGGUCGCCGCGAGCACCCGCUUCAAUUACAUUGGCAACGUCGAGGUUGGAAAGACACUUGCGCUGGCGGACAUGAAGCCUCAUUACGAUGCCAUAUUGUUCGCCUAUGGAGCGUCCGAAGACCGGAAGCUGAGCAUACCAGGAGAAGACUUGCCGGGUGUCUAUUCUGCAAGAGAGUUUGUAGGAUGGUACAACGGCCAUCCUCAGUUCUCGCACUUGAAGCCUGAGCUGGACAAGGGCGAGCGAGCCGUUAUCGUCGGGCAAGGCAAUGUGGCCCUGGAUGUUGCGCGCAUACUGGUUGCGCCUCUUAAUCAAUUGCGCAAGACAGAUAUUGCUGAGCACGCCGUCGCAGCCUUGUCCCGCAGCAAGAUCAAGAGGGUUGAGGUCGUUGGACGCCGUGGACCUUUGCAGGCUUCAUUCACUGUAAAGGAAGUUCGUGAGCUCAUGCAGUUCCCAAAAGUCGGGUUCAAGAGCACAGGUCUCCGAUCGUUCUACCCACCCGAAGGCAUACACACACUGCCUCGCGUGCAGAAACGCCUUGCAAUGGUCCUUCAACAAGGUGCUCCGAUAGACAAACAUGACCAUAAGAAAAGGUGGGAGCUGUCCUUCUUGAGAUCGCCCCACGCUAUACACGCCAAGAAAAAUAGGCUCAACCAGGUGAUUGGUAACCGCGUCGACUCCAUAGAGUUUCAGAAGACCAAUUUCGUACCCGACGCCAAUCCAUUUUCCGAGGACGCCAAAGUGCAUCCCACUGGAGAGAUGGUUACAACGGAAGCAUCGAUGGUAUUCAGAUCCAUCGGUUACAAGUCUACCCCACUGCCAGGCCUGUCCGACCUGGGUGUUCCGUUCGACGAGAAGCUCGGCAUCAUCCCGAAUGAUGUCCACGGUCGGAUCAUAUCACCUUCAGCAGGCCCUGGAAAUCUAUCAGCUGGACAUCUUCCUGGCCUAUACGCGGUUGGGUGGGUCAAGCGCGGACCCACCGGCGUCAUUGUCAACACAAUGAUGGACGCUUUUACAACUGCCGAUAUCAUAGCCCAGGACUGGAGUACCAAUGUACCGUUCCUCAACACCGAGAAGGGCAGCGAUGCGAGCACGGGGUUGGGUUGGGACGGCGUAAAAGACACAGUACUGGCACAGGGUGUCAUUCCGGUUGACUGGGAGGCUUGGAAGAGGAUCGAUAAAGCGGAGCGGGAGAGAGGAAAGCAGGUUGGGAAAGUGAGGUGGAAGUUCGCGGACACGGAGCAGAUGAAAGCAGCCGCUGGACUGGCGAGUUCGUGGAAUCCCCAGAAGAUGAAGGCGACAGCGGGAUUGGCGUGA